ACGACACGUGUAUUCAAAUUUUAAGAAUAAAAUUUUUUGAAAUGCUUAGACAAAAAUCUAUGGAGAUUUUUAACAAAAAGGGGGUGGAUUGGAUUGGCAAAAUUUGGAAGUAAAAACCAUGAAAGAGGUACUUUGAUUUGGGACGUAAAAGAAAAGCAGAAAGAUGGUCACUUUCUCCUCAACCUGAAAAACUCCAACCAGAAAUAUGGUCACUUUUUCGCCCGCACCAUGAUUUCCCUUUUUCCUGAGGGUUGGAUCGGGUCAGGGUCCGGUCCGUGAAACAAUCUUUCGGACCUGAAAGUUGGGCCGCUUCGGGUUCGGGAUUGAACGAGUAGGUCAUCUCCAUCCGUGUAUGGAUUGUUGGUUCGUUUCGUUGCCAAACAAUCCUUUUCUUCGUGAACCUCUCCAUCAUGCCUGUUGUGCGUGAGGUUGGUGGUUCAGAGCUGGUAUGGCGUGGUUAGACCCCGGAUGACAUUUUUCUUUCUCCGAUUAUGGCAUCAUCACCAGUGUGGACCCUCCGACUUCAUGCCGUUACAUUUUCGACCACAAUACUUGUGGCGAAACAUCAUUUUCCUGCAAAUGUAGUGGAGUUGGGUACCGAAUUGGAGCUUACUUAUGGCUGUCUGAGAUGGAACCCGAGGGCGAUGUGUGGAAAGUUUGUCUUAAGGGCAUUAAGCGAUUCUGGCCGUUCUGAUAUCUCCAAGCGCACUCUUAAUGAGGUGGUGCAUUUCGAAGGUCAAGUUGUUAUGUUGCAAGAAACAAUUACUUCACUUCCUCUCCUCACUGUGGCUUUCGUGAUGAAAAAGCUGUCUGGACCUAGUGUUGCAAUAGUGGCUUGUAUUUUAGCAACAGCGAUCAUUAUUAUUGCACUGAGGUAAAUGAUGAGGAAGUCAAGGUACAGCCAUCCUGGCUCUGUAGCUGAUCUUGUCAGGCGUCGCCAGUUAAGAUCUGAUAGAAGAGGCAUCUCAACACCUCUUAAAUAUGAUGAUCCAUUCAAUAACCCAUUGGUGGAAGUUGGAAAGGGCAAUUCAGCGAUUGAUAUGUAUGGCAAGUCUUAUCACUUAGCACCAGUGACCCUCACAAAAGAGCAACAAGCCAGCCAUGAGAAAAAGAGGUCGCCUGCAUAUCAGUGGAAAAGGCCAUCAGUAUUUCUCAGAGAGGGCGAUCCAGUACCCCCUGAUGUGGACCCAGACACAAUUACUGCAAGUGGCAUUGAUGAAGAUUUGGCUCAAACCAAUGUGUAUCAGAAGCAUGGUGUUCCGUUUCAUAUCCAGGCUGAACAUGAAGCACUGCAGAGAAGGCUUGAAGCACUGCAAAGUGAACAUAAAUUCCAGAAAUUAGUAAUGUACAACCUCUAUGCAAAUCGUUCUUAUAUGGAGCUAUCUCAGAAGUACUAUGAAGCCAUGAUUGCCUGUGCAGCUUCCAGGUCCAUUUCAAUUGCCAGAAAACUGCAUGCCCAACUCAUCCGCUCGGGGUUCAUGACUGAAGCAGAGCAGCUGUUUGAACAAAUGCCUGAGAGAGACAUUGUCUCUUGGAAUUCCAUGAUGUCGGGUUAUUUCGAUAAUGGACUAUAUGAGGAUAGUCUGAAGGCUUUUGCAUUGAUGAUUCAGGAUCGUUACCCUCUUCGUGAUAUCCUGUCCUUCUCUUGUGCAAUCAAGUCCUGUGCUAGACUUGGAUACCAAGACUUGGCUUUCCAGUUGCAUGCUCUUGCAGAGAAAUUUGAUUUUGGGAGAGACGUGUCUAUUAGAUCCUCUAUUAUUGAUAUGUAUAUCAAAUGCGGUGAGCUUAAGUUAGCUGAGCAUGUAUUCUCGAGCAUAUCUAGUCCAAAUUUGUUUUGUUUGAACAGUAUGGUUUAUGCUUACUCAAAAUUAUACGGCAUUGAGAGUGCUCUCAGUUUAUUCAAUCAGAUGCAUGAGCAUGACGCUGUUUCUUGGGACACUAUUAUUUCCAUCUUAUCUGAGCAAGAGUAUGAGGUCCACGCUCUUAAUAUGUUUGUCGAGAUGUGGAAACAGGGUUUACAACCAAAUUCCUUGACUUAUGCUAGUGUCCUUAGUGCAUGUGCAAGCAUUCAUGAUCUGGGGUGGGGUAUGCAUGUGCAUGCUCGAAUUAUCCAAAGGGAGCCAAAUCGUGACAUGCAUGUUGCUAGUGGUCUGAUCAAUAUGUAUGCAAAGUGUGGAUGCUUAGAAUCUGCAGUGCAGAUUUUCAGUGACUUGACAGAACACAGUGUAGUUUCAUGGACUUCCUUAAUUGCAGGAGUGGCAUGGUCUGGGCACAAUGAAGAAGCUUUGGUAUUGUUUGAGAAGAUGAGAAAGUUUCCUGUGGCCUUGGAUGAGUUUACUGUUUCCACUGUUCUUGGAGUUUGUUCACGUUUGAAGGAAAUUUGUCUUGGGGAACAGCUCCAUACACAUGCAAUCAAGACUGGAAUGGAUUCCUAUGUUCCUCUAGGGAAUUCUCUUGUUACAAUGUAUGCAAAAUGCGACAAUGUUCAGAGUGCAAAACGUGCUUUUGAUUUGAUGCCAAUAAGAGAUACCAUAUCAUGGACAAUGACUGCCACCAUGGUUGCUCAGACUGGUGAUGUCCAAGAGGCUUUCGAAUAUUUUAGAAAAAUGCCCAAGCGGAAUGUCAUUACUUGGAACUCAAUGUUAUCCACAUAUGUGAACCAGGGACUUUGGGAAGAGGGCUUGAGAUUGUACAUUCUAAUGCUUCGAGAAGGGGUUAAGCCCGAUUGGGUUACCUUUUCAAUUUUAACUAGUGUCUGUGCAGAUUCAGCUGUAUUGAAGCUUGGGAGCCAAGUCGUAGCUCAAACUGAAAAGUUGGGGUUUGCUUUUGAUGUUUCAAUUGCAAAUAGCGUCAUUACUAUGUAUUCAAGAUGUGGAAGAAUUGGAGAAGCACGGAAAGUUUUUGAUUCUUUAGUUGUAAAGAAUUUGAUUUCUUGGAAUUCAAUUAUGGAUGGGUAUGCUCAGAGUGGCCAAGGUAGUAAAGUACUAGAGAUUUUUGAGAAUAUGUUAACAAUGGGAUGCAGACCUGAUAAUAUAAGCUACGUGUCUGUUUUAUCAGGAUGUAGCCAUUCCGGCCUUUUGUCUAAAGGUCAACAUUAUUUCAAGAUAAUGACUAAGGAACAUGGUAUUACUCCAACCUCUGUGCACUUUGCAUGCAUGAUAGAUCUACUUGGUCGGGCUGGGUUACUGGAUCAGGCCAAAGAUUUGAUUGAUGAUAUGCCUAUGGAACCAAAUGCUGAUGUUUGGAGAUCUCUGCUUGGUGCUUGUCGGGUCCAUGCCAAUGCAAAACUCGCCGAAAUUGCAGUUAAGAAUCUGAUUGAAUUGGAUGCAGAAAACUCUGGAAGUUAUGUCCUACUAGCCAAUAUAUAUUCGGACUGUGGUGACUUAGAUGGUGUUUUGAAUAUGAGAAAGUUUAUGAAAGAGAGAAGAAUUCGGAAAAAUCCAGGUUGUAGCUGGGUUGAGAUUGGUGAUGGGGUGCAUGUUUUCACUGUAGACAACACUAAUCACCCACAGAUCAAGGACAUUUACACGAUAUUGAAGGAUAUCAUGAAGAAUAUGAAAGAUACUGUGAGUUUCUACGAAUAAAAUGGAUCAGAGAGUCUAGGUGUACCAUUAUGAGACGUUUGGGAUGGCUUUCUGGUUGAUCUGCCUGCAUGCUUGGAUGCCUGUCCAGAUAUGAUAUAUGUUUGGAUUUCCAGUAUCACAUUCUAAAAGAGUUGAUUUCCCCUGUUACCCCAAGAGAACUUGCAAAUGCUUUAUUAUUUCAAGGGCAGAUCUUAUUCUCCUGCAGCAAUUACUGUUACAAGGAAAUUGCUACUUAUCAAAUGAUUUGUUGAGAAAAAGAAUGUGAGUGGAUUUGCCUCUACACUCUGGGUAUGUCUGAUCCGCACAAGUUCAAUGGGGCAAUGUCUUUGCAGUGGCAAUAGCAGCCCGCCAGUUGUUAUUUACCAAGAUUGUCGAAUAGAAAAAAUGUCACCCAAGUCGGGCCAUUCUUCAUCUUCUCUUUUAAUUUACAUUACAUCAGCACGUAAAUUCUGGGACACAACUCUGGCUAAUGGUUAGUAAGGACGAAGUUUCUGGGGAAGGUCUCCUCAGAAGCAAAAUUACUCACGUGGCGGUGCUGGUGGAAGGUACUUUGAGUGCUGAUCGACUGGAAACACUCUCUCUUUCAUAAACAAUUGAACCUGGAAGUGACCCUGAUAUCACCAAAGAUAGAACAAACUGGGUUCAAUUUCAGGCCAUCUGAAAUUGGAUUCUUCUUCAGAUGUAUCUGCUAACUAAGGUGUUGUAUGUCAAUCUUCUCUGAGUUGUCAAGAAACACCUGGUACAUUGUGAGAUGACAAUCACCAUUUCUCAUAGUUUGUAUCCAAGAGUUACCACAAGAGAGCCUUCAACAGCCGUCUCUCUGCCAUUUUGCAAAGAUUGAGAUUCUUAAUUUUCUGGAGAGAGUUUGCUAUUUCAAAUCUAACGCAUUACCCCCCAUUUGUUAUUCAAUCUGAUAGUACCCGUUUAUUGGGAAGUAGAGAAGUGAACAUGUUUUUGUUAGCCUUUUAGUACUUUUUCCCCUUUUAUCAUCAUUAUAAUUGUUAACAUGUACUUAUAUUUUCUCUCUCUCUCCUUUAUCUCCCUCUAUUUAGAGAA